CUUGGUAUCAGCAACCACCUACUUAUCGAUAAGCUCGGUUCAGCCAGCCAGUACAUAGUAACUUCUUCAACUUGUUUUGAAGCUUUCUUAAAUUCCCCGUUGCGCGCGUCAUUCACAAACAUUCUUGAUCUAUCUUGACGACACCAAUUUCCCUCGUAGGGCUCCCAUUCAGCAUGGCGGCCGCUGUGUAUUCCUACAAGGAAACCCGCCUGAACUUGGAACCAUCGUCAAGCUCGUACAUUGUUGAUGUUGAGCUCCCUACCACGAGUUCCCAGGGACGAAGCCAGCGUGCCAGCAGAUCAGCUAGAGAAAUCUCUAAGAAAGAUGCUUCUCGGGCUACUACCUCCGCUAUCUACUACCGAAAACACCAUAGCUCCCCUAAAGGCUUCCUUUGGCGUGUUCUUGAAGGCGAUACCGUUUUGAGCAUUCGAACCGUCGAUCUCUACAAACCGAAGAAAGCUGCCGACACAAACCUCAUCCUUAACUUUCACUUCCAACACCCCAUCAUACCCAGCUGUGUUGCCCUCUGCGAUCCCCCAGACCACGACGCGCUUAGUAUUUUCAUCCUCGAUACUGCUAGCCAGCUGUAUACCCUCUUCUUGAGGCCCGACUCUUUUCGCAAACGCUCAUUUGUCGAAACGGGACUCGGAGACGCCUGCAAGAUUUACCAGCCCAAUGCCUUUCGCAACUUCAAGCAUCCGUAUAGGCUUAUCGCAGUCAAUAAUGACCAGCUAGUUGCGACUCUUUCCGAUGGUGGUCACAUACGAUUUGAUAGAAAUACGGGACAUAAUGCUCAUCACUCGCCCUGGAAGGAGACAUUCUAUAAUGCGAAAGGCUGGUUACGAAGUCUGUUAGGAGGCCGCGGAGAUCUAGAUAUCAAGGCCGCGGCAGCUGCUGUCCACACAGACCUAGGACUCAACAGUGCAUCGUUCCUUUUCACCGUCUGCCUCGAUCAUCGAUUACGAAUUUGGAACCUGAACAAUGGGCAAGUUCUGGGAGCUGUAGACUUGCUUAACUCCGAAAGAGACCCCCAGGAGACAGGGAAGUGGCAGCUAGAUGCCUCGCAGGCGAACCUACUUCGUAUUGUCGGCACCACCGAGGGCAAACGUCUACUCGUGACGUAUUCUCCUGUCGGCCCUGGAGAGUUCAAGUUUUGGAUGCUGAGGUCUGACAAUGCAAACUUUGUAGAUGCAGAUGAUCUCUAUCCCGACCAUGAGCUGGUACCUAUCCCUCCACUUGGCUCCGAUGUCUGGACUCUCGCAGAUUUCAGUGUGGCGGAACAUUCAUCAUCCGGGGUGUACAGGAUGUGGCUUUUAUGGAAGAACAAUAUGGCGUACAGAGUUCAAGAGUUGACGUUCUUGAUAGACGAACUCGCCGAAGUCUGGCAGGAGGGUUGGCGAUCAGUAUACUCCGACACCGCCAUACCGACCGCACCACUAUCUAGCCCAUCCGACCCUACAGAUCCUACGGAGAAGUGGUUGCAAUUAAUAUUCUUCCCUGGGAGAUUUCCCAAGGCAACCGUGGAGGCUGCACUCAGCGCUUACGAGAGGGCGAUUGGAAGACAGAGUAACAUUUCGUCUCGUAACGGCAUAGGCCUCGCUGAGUCGAUUUGUUCUGCCAUCGCUUCGACCUCGUCACUUAACAAAUUAUCAUCAGGUGACAUGGACUACGAACAAUUUAGGACCUCGAGCGAAAUGCAAUGGCGAAAAUUUUAUAGAAUCUUAGUCGAGCUAGAUAAACCGAGAGGGGAGGCCUUAUCAUUCUCUUACGAUGCGGAAUCGGGAAUGCCAUGGGUCGUAUGCGCUGAUAGCAUCUCCGCCAUCAGAGAAUGCAGUAAGCUGGAGUAUAUCUGUCACAAUCCACAAGCAGAGUUUCAAGGCUCGAGCGAGGUUCCAACUCUUGUCACCGCUGGUACCAAUUUUGUUGAGGGUUUCUCGGACAGCAUGUUGCAGAUAUGCCAUUCUGUCAUUCGGCCAGAAAUGCUAGAAGAGUCCUCCAAGUCAGAUCAGGAACGGCUCCAGUUUGUUUCGGAUAAGACUGGAUUCUGGCGUCAAAUCACCGACGAAGAUGCAGCUCAGGUGACUGAUGCGCUCGGUUCAAACUUCGAUCUAGUAACAACAGAACUAUGCGACAAGGUGCUUGCGACAUGUAACGAAACUUGGAAUUCUCCGCAUCCCACCGAGCUUCCCCUAACGGAAUUUGGGCGAAAAGUCAUCGUCAAAGCAACACAAGAUUUAGUCGAGGUACAAUGGAAUGUUAGCUUUAGCCAACUAAUCCUCCUCGUUCAUAUGGAAUUCGAAUUCGAUCGUCCUGAGGAUGCUCUCCACAACCGCGUUGAGGUGGGCGUUAUAUACCGAAACCUGCUUAUAAUACUUAAACGAUUGGAGCUCCUUCGAUGGCUGGUCAGUACCCAGUUGACAGCGUCGCUUACGAGGGCAGACAGGUCGAUUUCGGUUUCGAAUUCCUUUUCUGACAAUUCUCCCGUAGCCCCCAAGCGACAGCCUGAAGAAUAUAGAGCUCUCACCGCGCUGGAGGGCAAUGUAGGACACCUUCUCGGAGUGCCCGAACCUGGGGCUGCACCGUCAGGAGGACUGCCCUCGAUAAUCAUGCAUAUCGCUGCUGACCUUUGUGCUCCCGCUAGUAACGUGGAGCUACAACCUCAAUAUAUACAGUGCGGUCUGCUUAUUAGAGAUAGGGCGGAUCUUGCGUUUGAGUUGAGUCCAUUCUGCGAGCAGGACCCCUUCUCAACCUAUGUACAAGGGCGUGUACACCUUGCCUUGAAGGAUUUCACGACCGCAGCCACAUAUUUCAAGAGAGCAGCAUACGGCAUGAGCUUACCUCAGGCGAACCCCGAAAGGCAUAGCAGUGGUCUUCUGGACGAGACAGAAUGGAACCUUCUAUUUGCAGGACUGCCGCGAUAUUAUGCUCAUAUCGUGGCUCUUUAUGAGCACCAGAAGGCUUAUUCGUUCGUUAUCGACUUUGCUCGUCUUGCUCUCCAGUUUGUAAACAAAAAUACCGAAGACGCCGCAAAGGUCCGAACGGAGAUCCAGUUGCGCCUGUUUAGCGGUGCUCUAUCCACUUCACAAUUCGAAUUGGCGCAUUCCACAGUCGUGGCUAUAAAGGAUCAUGCUUUGCAGCAUUCGUGUUUACAGGCACUUAUCCAGAGGAUGUGCGAUAACCUCCAUAACUCCGAAUUAGUCAACCUCACGUUCCCGGGCCUACAAAAUGCUGUCGACGACAUACUUGCACAGCACUGUCGGGACACGGUGGACGUUAUAACCGGUGUACCAUAUCAUCAGAUCCUUUAUGCUUGGCGCAUCAAGCGAAAUGACUACCGCGGUGCUGCCGCGAUCUUACUUGACCGCAUCCAGAAGCUUAGGCAGCUCGUGGAAGGCGACCAGGUGACGGGAGAAGAUAUUCUGGAUACAGCCGUGACGAGACAAUAUCUAAUGCUUAUUAACGUCCUAAGCUGCGUGGAUCCGAAACAGGCGUGGAUUACGACCGAGGGACCGACGCGCCCAAUCAAACUCGGCGAAAAGGGCGAUCUCUCGAAGCGCAAAGUGGUGACGUUGACCGAGAUCCGCAAGGAAUACCAGGACGAGCUCGACCGCAUCGCCGCCAUUCAGAACGACCAAUUCGGGUUCGCGGCGGACGACGAGAUGGAGAUCCUGUGAAUGUUCAGGAUGGAUAAUAAGGAACGAUUGCAAAUGUAUAACAUUAGUUAAGGAGUUUUUUAUUUUUAUUUUUACUAGAUGAUACCUCCUGAGCUUUCAGAUUUAAGACCUCGGGAUUUCUCUUCACUGAAGCUCGCAACGCAAUAUGAAUAGGCACAA